AUGGCUCAAGACAGCAAUUCUGGUGAUCAAACUAAAUCACAAUUUAAUUUGAACUCUUCAUUACAAUCUUCAUCUUAAUAAUCUACUUAAUAUAUUGCCAAUUUAGGAAGCACAUUAGGUAAUUCAAACAUAACUACUACCUAAUAAAUUAAAUGA